AUGGCGGCAACAGCAAAUGGACGACCCAACACAUUUCCCAGGGAUGACACAGAGGCAAGGCUGAAUGCCAUCUUUGAAGCCUUCUGGGAAAAAUUAGACACAUAUCAAGCCCUAAAGCGAGUCCCAAAAGAGCAAAAGCCGACACUGCCACCCGCACGCUCCUGCCUUCAAAGCAAUUCUCACAGAGAAAAGAAAGCAAGAACUGGGCGCCAACACAAAAGCGAAGGCCUGCCAAUAAAACAGGCCAAGCCGAGGAGACAAGCAGAGACCGGCCUUGCACGCAAGCAUAUGCCGGCCACAAGACAGAGCGAGAAGCCUACCCCGCAAAGUACACCCCAUGCUUCCGACGGCAAAACCCGCAAGAAGGUUCAUAACCCAACUACCGUAAAACGCUGUAAACCGUGGGACCAACUGGGGAGGCGAAGAGCGGUUCGACACCCAGCCAGCCGAUACCACGGAGCGACGAGAUGCACAACGAGACCCCAGCGAGCAACCCAGCAAAGGUCACAACUACAGCCGGAAAAGUGGAAAGGGACUCCUGCAAAAGCGAUCAAGGAACCGACCUACCUGCCAGUACCUAGGAGCUUUGCCAUGCAGGACUACCACUCAUACCUGGACUGUACCCAGUACCCGAUAGGUAUCGGCUGA